AUGAAUAUGCUCAUGAAAUUAUCUAAAAAAUAGUAGAUCUUACUGUUUAUUCUUUUAUUGACCACAUUGGCUAUUAUUUCAAUUUGUUACUAACAGAAUUUUGACUCAAAUGACUUGUUUUUUUUCCGCCUCAACAAAUUAUAAUUAUCAAGCAUCUCCAACUAAAAGAAUAAAUAAUCAUCAAGUCUAAGCUAAAAAUAGACUUAAUUAGAUAAAAUCUUGAUAAAUUAUGUCAAGGCAAGUAUUGGAAAUUAAUCUAAUAAUAACACACAAAUUUAAAAUGCUAAUACAAGUCCUUUAGAAAGCGGCUUGAUUGUAUAUGAAGAAGGAGACAGUAAUUAUUUCUACUUUGAAGACUCAAAAAUAUUAGAAGAAUUGAGUAAAUCAUCUAAAUUUGAAAUCAGGGAAGACACAAUUAGAAAAAAUCCAAAGGAUGUUUAAAAGCUAAUUUUGAAAUCUUAAAAUAAUAUUCAAUUAAAAGAGUUCUAGUAUGGAAAUUGGUGUGGACCUGAUUAUGGAGGAUUUGAGUCUAAAUGUAAAGAUGUUUGUCAGAAAAAUGAGGAUGAACCUUCUGACAAGUGCAUAGAUUGUAGACCAUUUAUUGAUUAUGUAGACAGGGUUUGCAUGGAUCAUGAUUUUUGCUAACAAAAAUACUAAAAUAAAGUUAAUAAAGAAAAUACAGGAUUCAUUUGUGCUUAUAGAGCUCUUAAUGUUGGUCAGUACUUUUAAACAAGAUGUGAAUGUACUUAUUUAAUUAUAGAAUCUCUAAGAAAAGAAAAUUUAGUCAAAAAUUGUGACUCUUUAAAAUGCCUAGCCUAUGGCUACGCUGCCGAAAAGGCAUUCAAUAAUGUUUUAUUUGACUGUGGAUGCUAUUACAUUGAAUAUCACAGAGAUGUUUAUACAGGGAAGAUGUAUCCUUUAGAAACCCAAAAGUGUGUUAGUCCUAGUGAGUGUAAGAGUUUUAGAGGUAAAUGA